UGUAACGUAUAUAUAAUAACAUUCAGCACACAUUGGUUCGAUACGUGAGAAUGUUGUCAAUUUUAUCUCUGAAAAUUGUGUUUCUCCUCUAUUUGGUUAAGGGGCAAGAUAAUUGCGCCGAAACAAAAGCAGCAUGUGAAGACCAAACCGAUUGUUCGAGUUGUAUUCGGGAGCAUCCCUGCUGUGUUUUUUGUUAUGAUGAGGAUUUCCCAGCUCCGCGAUGUUUCAAAAAAGGCAAAACAACAACCUGCAACCAACAGUUUCUCGUAAACAACACCGAAACCAAAAUCGCAAGCAACACAAUUGAAUUCCGGAGCGUUUCCGACGACGUUGACUCAGCCAUUCAGCUCGUUCCCACCGAAUUCAAUGUGACUUUGCGAGUCGGAAAACCGGUUAACUUAACAUUCCGCUACAAACCAGCCGAGAACUAUCCUCUCGACCUGUACUAUCUGAUGGACCUCACGAAAAGCAUGGAAGGCACUUUGAACAAAAUCAAAACACUUGGCCAGAACUUGACCAUACUUUUGGAAACCUUGACAGAAAAUCACCAAAUUGCCUUCGGCUCGUUCAUCGACAAGCCGGAAAUGCCCUUCUACAUGACGGACCCCGAGAACUACAAAAACCCCUGCGGGAUUGACUUUAUCACGUGUGAGCAGGGCUAUCUCUUCAAACACAGGCUAAAUUUUACGAAAAACAUCAACGAGUUCAUUGAGAAAGUCAACGGAAGCCGGCUUUCUGCAAACAAUGACGAUUACGAGGGCGGUAUGGACGCCCUCAUGCAAAUUUUAACAUGUGGUGAGAAUUUCCAGUGGUUGGAAAAGUCGCGGAAAUUGGUUGUGGUGGCAACGGACGGUUUUAUGCACCUGGCAGGUGACGGGCUUCUUGUUGGACACGUCAAAAAAAUCAACAACGAGAAAUGUUUAAUAAACUCGGAGGGAAAUUACCGUUCGAAAAUCCCCUACGAUUACCCUUCCUUGGAGGAGGUUUACCACAAGUUGAAAGCGGAAAAAACCAACGUUAUCGUCGCAGUGGCGACCCCAAAAGCCUACCCCUACUACCAGCAAAUGUCCCAAAUGCUCAAUAACUCGCUAUUCGUGGGCCAGUUGAAAAACGACUCAACCAAUGUCCUAAAUGUUGUCAAAGAAGGGUACGAGGCUUUUGCCCGACUUGUCACCUUUUUUGCCAACACUUCCGAAAUCAGGCAAUUGCAAGUCGAUUUUUUUACCGACUGUGAGGAUAAUGGUGAGUGGGUGAGGGGAUCGAUGUGCUCAAAUGCCAGGAUUGGGAAGGAGAUGACUUUCAAGGCGCAAUUGAUGCUGAAGGAGUGUCCCAGUCAUGAUUCCCAUACCAUUUAUGUGGAGGAGAACAACAUUUACGAGAAAAUUGCCAUUAAUUUGAAUUUCGCGGGGUGUAUGUGUCAUUGUUCGAAUAUGAGGAAAGGAGCGAAGUGUGGAAAUGGGUUUUGGGACUGUAACAAGUGUACUUGUGAGGAUGGGUGGACCGGAGCGACUUGCACCAACCGUUGCGAAAACAACCACGAGAAGUGCCGUUCGGCCACCAACGGCCAGGUUUCCUUGACUUGUUCCGGCUUUGGCGACUGUGUUUGUGGCAAAUGCAAAUGCUACUUCCCCUACACCGGUUCCAUAUGCCAGUACAAGUGCCCCACCGACAAAAACGGGCAAAUUUGCAGCGGCCAUGGCGAGUGUGUGGAGAACGGGCAAUGCGAGUGCGACCCCCAAUACAGCGGCCAGGACUGCAGCUGCUUGGAGUCGCACGAAGGGUGCAGCUAUUCCGAUGGCAUUUGCAGCGAAAAUGGAAAAUGCGAGUGCAACAGUUGCAACUGUGAGCGAGGCUAUUCUGGGCGUUUUUGCCAAAUUUGUGACCAGUGCAAGCAAAUGUGCGCUGAUUACGACUUGAUUGUGGCCAAAGGGCACAAUGUGACGAAAGGCGGGCGAAGGAUUGUGCUUGACUCAGUUGAGGAUAUUCCCGAGGAUGAACGCAACUGUCUGACGAGGUUUACACGGGAUGAUGGGGAAUAUUGUGAAGUUGUUUACAAAAUACAAAGCGUGAAGAGUGAUUUUGUGAGGAUUAAAGCAAUGCCACCUCAGUGUUACAAACCAGUGGCUGCAAGCGUCUACGUUGGACUUAUUAUAGGCGCUUUAUUAGUAGCAGGGUUGCUUUUUAUUCUGGGCUGGAAGGCCAGGAAUAUGAUACAGGACAAGAGGGAGUACAACGAGUUUGUCAAAAACCGACAAAUGAACCAAACGAACGAGAAUCCUCUCUACAAGUCUCCGCUUGUCACGUACAAGAAUCCAAUGCAACAAGUUAGGGUUCACGAGAAAACUAACUAGGGGACUUUUUUAACAGAAAUGUUCACCGUAUUUAUUUAAUGGUGGUAGUGUAUCUGCCGAUUUUUUAUACUUUACACGAAAUCAAAAAUUUGUAAAGAAGAUGUUUUUGUUGUACCUACUUUUUUAUAUUAUACAACAUCAAGAAGUUUUUCAAAA